UUUCGGAAAUGAAAGAUGCUAUGGAUCUUUUCACAUUUACGACAGACUCGCAGGCUAACAAAAGACAACCUAAUUGUACUUCAAUCGAUGCUGUUCCACUUACACAGAAGAGACUUACAGAAAAAGGUUGUUGAGUAUGCAAGAAGGCUUGGAAACGUGUUGCACUUUUAUACCCCUUCGGAUCAACCAGAAAAUGGCUACCAACAUUUGACAAUCCAUGUAGAAGGAAGCGUCAAUUUUGACAGGAUCAAAUUAGAAAAACUAAGAGAUGGAGUUGCUAGACUUCUAUGCAUACCUCCUCAAUUUGUUGUUGUAGAAGGAAUUGAACCAGGCAACAGUUUUCUCAUAACAUUUUCGAUUGCAGAAGAGUAUAUUGAGUUUGUUUUUAUAAUGCAGCAAGGGGAUGCAGAUUUCCUUAUAGCCGAAGGUGUUGAUUUUGUCAAAGUUAAAGACAAAGUAGUCGACCUUAAAAGCUUACAGAAAGAACAAUCUAGAGAAGAUGUACUAGCAAUAAAGCAUGAAAUGAAGUCAUUUACAACGCGAAUUCAAGCAUUGGAAUCAGAUUUAGAUGAUACACAGGCUCAACUGAUUAAAGUGGAAAGACUAAAGAAGUGGUAUAAAACUGAAAAUUCGAAAUUCAAGCAAACUUGUCAGACAAAUUAUUUCAUAUCAGUAAUGGUGCGAACAUUAUGGUUUUACGCGCUUUACUUAAAAGUAUUCAAGCCAUUUGAAAAGCUUUCUACGAAGGCAGCAUAUGCUUUUUUUCAGUGUAUGCUUAGGGAAACACGGAGACUUAACUAUGAUUCAAAUGUUAUAAAAUCAUUGAUAGAGGCUAAUGCAAUGAUGAUUAAAGCAAAAGUUUCAGAAGAUUUGAAUGUCCACCUUCUAAAGCAAAGAGCUCAAUUAAAUGAGAUGGCGUCAAGGAUUAACUUUUUGGAAUAUGAAAAAGAAAAACUUGCUUAUUACCUGGAUAUUGGAGAACGUGCACCUAUUUUGUCCCAAAGAGAAGAAUUCUGGUUGCGAACACUGGAAAGACCAUUCAUGCGACCAGGAGUACCAGUACCUGUAAUUUCAGCGACAAUUGAAAUUUCCGAUCCCGAACUUCAGGUUAUAUUGACCAAACUGUCCAAGGAACUUAAGAAAAAAGACAGGAACAAAUUGCUACAAUUCUUGCCAGAUGGGGAAAAGAGGAAAAUAGAAAAAACACCAAAUACCUUAUUACAGGCAUUAUGGGAAAAAGAAAGAAGGAAAUCAAAUGGUCGAUCAACUUUAGAUGUGUGGUUCUAUGCUAUCAUGAAAGAAAUCAGCAGACUAGAUUUACACAAUCAAUUUCGUGAAAUGGUUGAGGCAAUCAUGAUUCAGCGACCAAAUGGAGACAAAAAGCCUAAGACGUCGUCCACCACUUCAAGAUCUCCUGGACCUUAUAAGAGUCCAGGUAGAAGGCAACGUCGUAGAGUUAAUAGUACUCCUGGCACAUCUGGUAUGGCUCACACUGAUUCGGAUCAAUCAUCUGGAUUUGGUGAGAUGGAGCAGAAAAGUGAAAGCAGUUUAACUGAAUUCCAGAUUUUGAAUAAUAAAAUGCAAAGAAUAGAGGAUAAAUUAGAAAAUUUAACUUCAAUGAACUCGAGAGAGGAGUAUAAAUUUUCACCGUUUACGAAAGAUACAGAAAGUACAUUUUCAUCGAUCCCGUCGUACAUUCCUAAACUUAAAUAAUGAAUACUCAUCGUAAUUUUUGACUUCUAUUUUUGAUGCCAUGAAUCAUGAACAUUAAUUCGCUACAUCAUUAAAUAAUAUAAGUUUUCCUUGUUACAAACAGAGCAUUCACUUUCAGCUUCUUGUUUUGAUUUUAUUAUUUCCUACUAAUGUUACAGUUUUCGUUUAUUUGUUUUUACUUUGUUAUAGAAAAUAAUGUGUUAAACAGACAUUUGCAUACCAAAAUCUGUGAUUAUACUAUAACGGAGCUUUUGUGUACUAUUGUUAAACUAUCAUAAACAUUAGCCAUUAAACACAAUGGGUGUUUAUAAAUUUGAUUUUCAUAAUAAUAGUUAGAAGGGAUCCGUAGAUAUUUUUUAUUUUUAAAAGCAAGGAGCGAUAGAGAAUGAUAAAACACGAAAAUAUAUGUGUAACCCAUAGCUAGAUGAAAAUAAAUCUGUGGUUGCCAUGAAUUAUUAAGAUUCGUAUAAGACAAAUACGUAAUUAUAGUCAUUCGUGAUUGUCCAUUACCUAUGAAACUUAUUUUGCUGUUUAUAAUAUUAUUAUUACCAUAAUGUUAUACUAUUCACAUCCUUAUUUCAAUCUCAUUUAAUAACAUUCCGAGGGGUAUACAAAUAUUUUAAAUGUUCGGUGUGUUUAUAUAUGACACCGGAAGCAUGCAUAUGACUUCCCCUAAAGUGUGUCGCAUGUAUAUUAUUACAUAGACAUUUCGAAGAACUAAAAUCAUUCGCGGGUUUCGGUUGGGUUCGUGUUUUUUGUCUUUUGGUCAUUUUUUGGAUUGUAUUUGUCAUUGUAUUGUCAGUUUGUUUUUA